AUGGUGCCUACUCCUCAACUCGUCUACUCUGUGGAGGUUCGCAACGACACCCGCACUCCCCUGAAGUUUAAAGUUACCUACGACAACAGCAAGGACAAGACUGAGAUGACGGAGGAGCACGUCGUGCAGCCGACUAAAAGUUAUUUGUUUAAAGAGAAGUUGCUGGACAUGGGCGGCUGGCAGCAGCCCGUAUCCUUGCUUCCCCUGCUGUCGUUGCCGAUGAACAAAUACGUUUAUGGGCGGCGGCUCCGGUGGCGGCUGCAGGCGGUGGCUCCGGUGGUGCAAGUGGCUGUGGAGUGGCCGAGUGGGUCACUGCAGCAGCAGGUGCUGAAACCCAAAGUGGACAGAGUGGUCAAAGUGCUCAAGGUGGUAGCCACGGAGAACAAAAACAGCAGUGGAGGUGUGACGCUGCGGCAGCAGAAGGAUUGA